CUGUUAGCAUGAGCUCCAUAGCUUUUGCUACAGUGAAUAUCCCUGUCUCUACUGUCAGCAUUUGUAUGAACACCUUUUUUGUUUUCUGUAUGGUCUUCCCACAGCAAGGAACAGAUCAGCUAAAACAACCUCUUAAUGUUUUACUCGGAUCACUUGUUGGGUACAACACCACUCUCCAAGUCUGUGUUUUUCUUUUUGCUAUGGUGGAAAAUGACAUAUUUACAGUGAGUGAUUUUUGUUAUGCUGUUGUAAUAGAAUGUAUCUGUUUUGCCAUGAGGACCAGUGUGACCUCCAUCCUUUGGCUGAAUGUGUUCUACUACUGCCAGAUUGUUCCUUCUCAACAUCCUUCCUUUAUUUGGUUGAAGAAGAACAUCAGAGUGUUCAUAUACUCUGCUCUGAUAAUGGACAAAUUCUUCUUUAUGUUUGAGUUCUCUAUAGGCAUUGCAUAUAGUACUAUAUAUAGAGAGUUUGAUGAAUACAAUGCUGAGACGAACUUUAAUACAACAUACUCACAAUGGUAUGCCAUACAUAAAAAAAUGGACAGAGUGAAUGAUUUGUUGCGUGCAGAUACAUGGAUAAGAUUCGCCUAUUUCUUGCUGUGUCUUUGUGUGAUGUCUGCAUCAAGCUGUGCAACUGUUCUCUACCUGUGGAGACACAUGAAAAGCAUGGAAGAGAGUAGCAGCUCUUUCUCUUCUCCUCGUCUCCAGAAACAGAUGAGGGUGACCAUCACAGGCAGCAUACAGGCUUUCUUAUACUUCUUCUGCUCAACCUGGAUAAUAGUAAGAGAUAUAGUGGUAUUUGUAUUCUAUAUAGAAUUAGAUUUGAAUGGUCAUUUAUUUUGCACUGUUACCUGCUUGUACUCUUUGGGAAUAACCAUUAACUUGGGUGUGGGCCAGACAGUAUUUCGUCAGCGAGCAGUUCAUGUCCUACAAAUAUGUCUUCAGACUCUCAAAUCCGUAUCUAUUUGA